AAGCAACUAUAACCCUAAACACGAAGAAUAGAAGGAAAACUGGAGGAUGGCCAAUGCCAAUCAUGAAAACAUUUGAAAGGAUCAGAUUUUUCGUCUUUGGUAAAUACGGUUUAGUUGUGGUAUUGGUAAAUUAUUUUCAGUUAUUUUUUAUUAAUAAAUUUAUUACUUAUCAUAACAAUCAUAAUUUAUUACUUAUCCUGCAGCCAUGAAUUCUGAGAAAAUAACUGUCAAGAAGAUCCCCCCCCAAGCCCUCCAGCCACCGACUCAUUUCUUGAGAAAAUUGGGUGACCAAGCUUGGGAUUUUCUCCUUCUUUUCUUGUUCUUGACCCCAGAAAUUCCUCCUCUCUGCUGGAAAUCCCGGAUCUACUCUGCUCUUCUCCCCUGUCCGCUGGCUGCUCUUGCUUGUGGGUGUGAUUUUCGGUCUUUCUUGAAUUUCUUCUUCUCUGCCGCCGGCCUUCCCCCAAACCCGCCAGCUGCGGCCUUGCUUAUUGAAUUCCGGUUCCCGAUCGUUCUGUCAGUUUAGCACUGAGAUCGAGUCUUCGGUUUUAUGCGAGUGAGGUAAGUAAAUUUAUGGUAAUACCCAUACUGUUUUUAAAAGCAUGUUUUGAUUUGUUUUUGAAGCGAUGGCGAGACUAAACUCGUUUUAUGCAAAAGUAAGUAUGACUGAUUUGAAGUGAAAUUUUCAUGCUUUUCGUUAAAUUGAGCAUGCCUACUUGAGAUUUAAUUUAUUGUCCUGAUGAUUUGAAAGUGAUUGGUGAAUUAUGAUUUUUCUGCUAACUUUUGCCUGUUUUGUCUCCGAUAUGGUUAUGUUAUUUCUGUAAUCCUGUUAGUGAGGGUUAAAUGCUAGCACAUGUCGACAUGUAUUUCUGUAGAGCCGGUUCCUCCUGCCAGUGGGAGUUGUUAAACACUGGUAUUUCUGUAAUCCUGCUAGUGGGGGUUAAACACUAGUAAUUUCUGUAGCCUGCCAGUGGGAGGUUUAAACACUGGCCGUGACCUAUAGAGGAGACGUCUAUUUCGUUUCCGUACUUGUAUCCGUUUUUCUGAUUACACUUGUUGGUACGCUAUAAGUUUAAUAAGGGCACUCCAUAUUUUACUUACUGAGUUUAUCUCAUAGUUUUUCCUUGUCCACCAUUUCAGGAAGUAAAACCGAGGACGGGGAAACCACGAGAAGUGAUGAGUUAGAAGGCUAGCCAUUUCGAGAUUGGUAUAGAUUCUAGAAAUAGAUCAUGAUCUUGUAAACUGGAUUUUUAUUGGAGAUUUUAUAAAUUCAUUGAAUGGAU